UUUAGAAUAAAUUUUAAAGAGAGAAGAUAUCUCGCUAAAAGACUAAAAUUAAAAAAGGAAAUUUAAUCAUUGAAAUAAAAAAAGAACUAUAAAAAUGUCAAUUCUACCAUUAUUGUAUGCAGAAUCAUUUGGAUAUCCACAUUUAGAUCCGUGGGAACUUAAACAACAUUGUCCACGUCGACGUCAAGCUUCACCAUGGAAUCAAUUUGGUUUAAAUAUUUCUCCAUCUGAAAUUCAUUUACUAUCUUCUAUUCCAUCUGUUUUAUUGAAUGACAAAGGUAUUUUGUCACCAAGAAAUAAAGCAGAAUCACUUCAGACUAGUGCUGUAGGUAAAGAUGGAUUUCAAGUUCAUAUGGAUGUACAACAAUUUAAGCCAAGUGAAAUAUGUGUUAAAACUAUUGAUAAUUUUGUUGUGGUAGAAGCUAAACAUGAGGAAAGGCAAGAUGAACAUGGUUUUAUUUCACGACAUUUUGUUCGGAAAUAUAAAUUACCAACUGGAUACGAUGCUAAUUUAGUAACAUCAACAUUAUCUUCAGAUGGAGUAUUAACUAUUAAAGCUCCAACACCAUCUAAACUAGAAGAUAAUAAUGUGAGAAUUGUACAAAUUCAACAAACUGGUCCGGCUCAUCUUAACAUUAAAGAAAAUAAAAAUGAUGAAAAAGAAGCAGAAGAGCAAAAAGAGAAUGGGGAAAAAUAAAUAAAAAUGUAAAACUACCAAAAAUUUUAAAUCUAAUCAUUUUAAAAGAUCUGAAAUCAAUGACUGUGUAACUGUAUUUAAUUUUAAUAAUGUACUAUUAAUUAAUGUUUAUUUUUAAUGAUUUAAAUAAUAAAAUUUAAUUAAUUAU